AUGAUUGUAUUCCGAAAGGGAAAGAAUAUAUUCCUUUGUUCAGAUUGGAAUGGUAAUAUAUUUAGGCUUAGUCCAAAUAUUUCAAAGAGGUGUGUUUGCAAUUUAUUGCCCAACUCUUUUAUAAAAGUAAAUUAUUUGGACCAAAAUUUUAAAAGGAAAUAUUUCACAACUAGCCAAAAUGAGGAUAUUUUAAAAAAAAAAAAAAACUACAACAAUGAUAACAACAUAGCUAGUGAAAAUAGCAAUAUCGAUUGUGACAAAAAUCUAUUUGUAGAAGAACUCAAUAAUGUCUUUAAGGAGUUUCCAUUAGAAAAUCAAAAUAAUCUAAGUAGUGAAGAUAUAUACAUUUCGAUAGAUUAUAAACAAGAUGAAAAUAAACAGAUAGGAAGCAUUCUUAAAAUGGAUAACAAUACAUAUGAUAUAGUUUUACAGCUAAAUAAAAAUGAUACUAUCAUUGGUAAAAUAAAAAAUGUGAAGAAAGAAUGUGUAGAAAAUGGGUUUGAAACCGACUUAGGAAAUAUAAAAGAUAAAAAUGUAUACUCACCAUAUGAGUACCUAAAUUAUAUUUAUUUAAAAAAUGAUAAAAAAAUAAACAUAUUUAAUAUAAAUAAUAAAGAAAUGUUUAAUAAUAGGAUAAUAACAAAACAAUUAUACACCAAUAAUUUAUUAAUUGAUUUAUUUUAUAAAAUUAAUUAUGGUCAAAAAAUAUGUAUUAUAGGUGAAAAAGCCCAAGGAAAACAAAACUUAUUAAAUUCAAUUAUUUAUGAAAACUUGCUCAUUAAUUUGAUUAAAGAAAAUGAAAAUUUUUUUAUUAUAUGCUCGACUAGCCAUAAGUCAGAAAUUGCAAGCAUUUUUCAAAAUUUAUAUGAACAGUUCAGAAAAAAUGAAAAUUGGCUAGAUGAAAAUAGUGAAAAAAAUAAUGACGAUCAAAGAUAUCACGACGAAACUAAGAUAGACAAAUUAUAUUCAAAAAAUUAUACAUAUGAAAAUGUUAAAAUUCCAAAUGAUAUAUUACUAAUAAAUUCAAUACCACAAAAUGAUACAAAAGUAGCAACAUAUCUCUCCCCAUUUUUAUCUACAUAUAAUUUACAUAUGUAUAAAAAUAUGUACAAAAAUGUUAUAUUAAUAUUUUAUGAUGUCGAAAAAUAUAGUACCAUUGUUUUAGACUUACAAAAAGAGAUGAAUACAUUAAUAAAAAAUUAUUAUGAAAAAAAAGAAAAUAUCAAAAUAAAUAGCGAAAAAUAUGCACACACCAUUUCAACAUUGCCUUUUUCAAUGUACACAAUUUUAUCGAAAUAUUAUUCCUUAAGUAUGUAUCCUUAUUUCAAAUAUAAAAAUGUAAAUGACCAACUUAAAGAUGACAGUAAAUUGGGGAACAUGGAAAAUGGCAAAACGGAUGACAGUGUACAUUCGGUAGAAAAUUUCAAAUAUUAUGACUUGGUAAAUAUGAAAAAAGAAGAAAAUGAAAAUAAUGACACCUCAAUAAAUAGUGUAACAACAUUUUUAUUUUUAGAUAGUGGCGAAAAAAAUGAAAUGAUAGAGAUAAAAAAUUAUGCAUUAUCUUUAUGUGAAAAUAGUGUGUGUUUAUUUAAAAACAAGUUAGGAAUAUAUCCUGAAAUAAAUAUAAAUAAUGUUAUUAAAAAUUGUGUAAUUGAAAAUAAUAAAAUAUGGGAAUAUGUUAAACAUGAAAUUAGACAAGUUUUCGAUAAAAGAAAAGAAUUAAUGGAAUUAAAUAAAAACAAAAAAAUGAUGAAUAUAUAUAUAGAUGAUUGGGAAAAUGAAGAUCUGAUUCAUUAUAAUAAUAUUUAUUAUAUAUUAAUGUAUAAUAAUUUGAAAAUAUUUAAUUUAAAUACAUUUGAGCAAAUUAUUUUUUUAAAAUUAUUAUUUAGUUAUAAUUUUACAAAUGAAAAUAUAUCAGAAAAAAGUAUUCAAGCUUUUUAUCAAAAGUUCUUUUAUUAUUAUUUUCUUCAUCGUAAAUAUUUUUCAUAUUUACAUGCCCACUAUUAUACAAAUUUGUCUUCCUUUCAAGAGAAGGAAAAUGCACAUAACUUCCUUCAAAAAAUAGAGACCCUCUUGAAAUAUACAAAGCCACAUUUUAACUAA